AUUGUCCACCACGACCUCGGCCACCACGGGCACCACGGUCUGGGCCACAUCGGCCACCACGCCCACCACAUCGGGCACGCCGUCCACCUCGGAUAUGCUCACGGACAUGGCCACCAUGACUACCACGCGCACCCUGAGUACUCGUUCUCGUACUCCGUGAAGGACCCGCACACCGGCGACCACAAGCAGCAGCACGAGUCCCGCCACGGAGACUCCGUGAAGGGCGAGUACUCCCUCGUGGAGCCCGACGGCAACGUGCGCAGCGUUCAUUACAAUGCUAAUGACCACACCGGUUUCAACGCCGUGGUCCACCAUAAGACGCAUCAUGUUCAUCCCCACCAUAUCCACCAUCAUGGACACCAUUAAACUUGGAUCUGCUACGAACAUUUCGAACUCGACUGAAACCAAAAAUGACUGCAAAAUAUUUAUAUUAUCAUUCAAAUCGCCAGCGCUGACGAAUAAAAUAAGUACAAGAAUGAACUCUUUCAUUGAAAAUUCAUUUUAUUUUAAGUUGAUACAUUUACAAACACAGUAAGCUAUCUACAUAAAACCUAUCCUUACGGUUCUAUCUAGUAAGUAGGUAGGUAUAAUAUUAAUGUUAGUUUGAAAAGAAAAUUGUUAUUAGAGUUUAACAUAACAAAAAACUUAAGCUUACGAUCAAGAAUUCUU